CGCCCUUCCACGAUGAGGCGUCUUUAUGUCUACAUAUUUAUGGGACAUAAUUAGAAUGCUAACAAGUUGAGAAAUCAGCACGAUAUCGAGCACAUGGAUAACUGUUGGAUCUGCAGUUACCAUCAGGACUGAAAUAAAAGAGACUGAGAGGCUCAGAAGCUUGAGCACGGCAGCACGGCAGCGCCGCGAAAAGUGAAAGUGAAACGUAACUUAAUUCCAGCCAUUUUCAAAAGGGACUGGUAGCCUACUGGGAGAGGAAAUGGCGUCCGUGUUUCUCUGAGGAAUUCUCCUUUUUACGGCGAAACACUCAAGAUUCCUGUUCUACAUCAGCAGUGUCCAGUCUAUGUGUGUGUGUUUGGAGCGUUUGAGACUUAGCAGAGGACACAACUUCACUCUCACAGCUGAAGCAGUAGCCUAUAACGUGAGGCAAAAUGGCUACUGGUGGCACAGACAAAGAUUAUAAACUGGUCGUCCCUGAUCGUGGUGUGCAGUGUAAUGAUGGUGAUGAUGUCACACUGCGCUGUCACCUGUCUCCUGAAACCAGUGCUGUUGCCAUGGAGAUCAGGUGGUUUAAGGGGACAGAGUGUAUCUACCUGUAUAGGAGUGGUCAUGUGAUUGAGGGGAGGGGCUAUGAGGGCAGAGUGAGUGUGGACCCCCAGCAGCUGCAGAGAGGAGGCGUGUCUCUCACACUGAGGAGGAGCAGCUGGUGGGGAGAUGAUAAUGGAGUGUACACAUGCCAGGUCAUCAGUGGAGGACACCGGGAGGAGGGAAGAGUCGGGUUGGUGAUCAAACCGGCUGCAUUUGAGUGGGUGAGAGGGUGA